AUGAUUAUCUCAACUUUCAGUAGAAAGCUUGACCAAAAGGAAUGGGCAAGGAUGCGGAGGGGUGUUUCAAAUGAAUACCCCUUGAUACUGGAAGGAUACUGUAAAGCGCUUUGCGGUUGGAGAGGGGUGAAUUUGGGUGGUGUUGCUAUAGGAAAUGGAUUGACUGAUCCAGGGAUUCAAGUGGCUACUCCUGCUAUAAAUGCUUACGAUAUAGGUCUGAUCAAUGAAAAGCAAAAGACCCUUUUGGAGAAACUUCAAUCUGAUGCUGUUGGAUUGACUAGAAACGGUAAUUGGAGUGAGGCAGCAAGUGCAAGAACUAGUCUUGAACACAGUGGCAAACAUGUCUGGUUUAGCCACUUUAUAUGA